GAGGCUGAUCUAUGAUGUCUGGUCAGUACUCGUGAACCACCAACUUCAUAGAAAACUGUAGAAAAUGACACACAAAAAGGAGUAAAAGGGUAGUUAAAUUUUGAGGGAGAAGCUGUAACUGAGGAUGAACAAGCCCGUGAUACCAUGGAAUCCUUUUGGAAUUAGGCCGCUACCAAGAAGAUUUCCUGUCCCUCGGCCACAUGCCAAGAAAAGGAAGAAAGUAAUCCCAUGGAAAAGUGAAGAGUGGCAUGUUCUUAAAGGAGAUAAAGUGGAGAUAAUGGCUGGCAAAGACAAAGGCAAACAAGGAACUAUCAGAGAAGUUGCUCGUUCCAAAAACUGGGUAUUUGUUCAAAACCUAAACUUAAAACACAAAUACAUGCAGCCUUACAGAGACUUUCAAGGUGGAUUCUUUCCUAUUGAGCUCCCAUUGCAUGCAGCAGAUGUUAAGCUUGUCGACCCAAACACAGGGAGUACAACCGAUAUCGUAUGGCGAUUCACUGAAAGCGGGAAACGGGUCAGAGUAUCCCUAGAAUCUGGGAAAGUCAUCCCAAAGCCAAUAUUUGAAAGGCAGGAUUUCAAGUCCAGGGAUGCAGUUCCAGUUUAUGAGCAAGAUACUAAACCAGAGGACGCAUCGAAAGACACAUACAUACCAUCAUUGUUGUUGUUCCAUGAGGAGAUCAUGAAGACCCACAAUGUGCAGCCAACGAUACCAAAGACUGAAGCAGAACCACGUGACUUGAUUAUGGAAAAUAUACGAAAGGAUGCAGAGAAAGACUUGAGUGUUAUCGAGGCAGGUGUUCAGGAACCUCCGUUUUAUAUGACCUUGUUUAUGUUUAUGCGUAACUUAGCUGGAAAUCUUAAGUUCUGGAAGUAAGAGUCUUAAGAUUUGUAGUGCCCUUUGUUGAUAUAACUUUUGGCAAGGCUUGAAAAAGUCUCGCAAAACAUUUCCCAAUAAAUUGCAGAAAGAAGAUAUUUUCUUUGUUGCCAUUGACAAACGGGGGCUCUACCCCAUGAAGCCUCUGUCUACUACCCCUUAUUCCAGUGCUGUUCAAUUCCAGAGCUUCAGUCUUUGUCACGAUUAAGAUCCAAGCUGUAAGCCCCGUUUGUCUAGUAAUUAGUGUUUUUUUUAGAUGUUUUAGUUAUAUAUAAAUUUUUGAGUGAA